AAACGAGGUAGUUUCAAAAUGCAGCAUCUUAUCUUUGGCGGUGGGCUUGCUUUGUUUGAAUAAUGUUCUCUGCUAGUUUAGCUUGAUAAAUAAUAAGCAAAUGAUAGAAAAAAGUCGAUAAAAGAAACAAAAAUGCCUCGAGAAAUCAUCACGCUACAAAUUGGACAGUGUGGAAAUCAAAUUGGUUUUGAAUUUUGGAAACAGCUCUGUGCAGAACAUGGAAUUAGUCCAGAGGGAAUGCUACAAGACUUUGCAACAGAUGGAACAGAUAGAAAAGAUGUUUUUUUCUACCAGGCAGAUGAUGAACACUACAUCCCAAGGGCAGUCCUUCUUGACUUGGAGCCAAGGGUCAUUGACAACAUAAUGACAUCAGAAUAUGCAAAUCUAUAUAAUCCAGAGAACAUUUACAUGUCAAAGCAUGGAGGUGGGGCUGGAAACAAUUGGGCUGCUGGAUUUGGUCAGGCAGAGAAAUUACACGAAGAGUUGUUUGACAUAAUUGACAGAGAGGCUGAUGGUAGUGACAGCUUAGAGGGUUUUGUCAUUGCACAUUCGAUCGCCGGUGGAACCGGUUCUGGCAUGGGCUCAUAUAUGCUCGAGAAAAUCAAUGACAGGUAUCCAAAGAAAUUGAUCCAGACUUAUUCUGUGUUUCCACAACAGGAAGACAUCAGUGAUGUCGUUGUGCAACCAUACAAUUCGAUUCUAACAUUGAAAAGACUCACACAGAAUGUGGAUUGCACGGUUGUUCUUGACAAUACAGCUUUAAAUCGAAUUGCAGCAGACAGGUUGCAUAUACCCAACCCAACUUUCUCACAAGUCAACCAGUUGGUCUCGACCAUCAUGGCGACAAGUACAACCACCCUGAGAUACCCAGGGUAUAUGAACAAUGAUUUGAUUGGCCUAAUAGCAUCCCUCAUACCGACUCCUAAACUCCAUUUUCUUAUGACUGGCUAUACGCCAUUAACAACUGAUCAAAAAUCAACAAGCGUAAGAAAGACAACUGUCCUAGAUGUUAUGCGGAGACUGCUUCAGCCAAAAAAUAUGAUGGUUGCCACACCAAGAGAUAGGAAAAAAAAUCAUUGUUACAUAUCAAUUCUCAACAUCAUCCAGGGUGAAGUGGAUCCCACACAGGUUCACAAAAGUCUUCAGCGAAUUAGAGAAAGGAAGCUGGCAGAGUUCAUACCUUGGGGACCUGCAAGCAUCCAGGUUGCGUUGUCAAGAAAAUCACCAUACGUUCAAACCACACAUCGCGUUAGUGGCUUGAUGUUGGCAAAUCACACAAGUAUAUCAAUGGUAUUUGAAAGAUGUUGUCGAUUGUAUGACAAGCUACGGAAAAGAGAGGCGUUCUUAGAUCAGUACAAAAAAGAAGAUAUUUUUAAAGACAGUCUAGAUGAGCUCGACGAUUCAAGGAUUGUAGUUGAGCAGUUAAUUGAAGAGUAUCAUGCUGCAACAAGAUCCGAUUACAUCACAUGGGGUACUCCAAGCCAAGUACCUCAAGAUUCUGCAGCUGUUUCAAGAAAGGAGUGAUGCAUUUAUAAGAGAAAAUUGAAGAUGAAUCUUACCUGCCAAGAAUCAGGUUUCAAGUCAAGCUAAUAGUUUGGAAAGUAUUUUUGUAAUAUUUCCUAAUUUGUUUGAAAAGACUAUUAUUUAUUUGACAGACCUAGACAAGUUGGAACAGUCCAGUGAAAUCCACAAAUAAGUUGAAACUGCAUAUCCCCAAAAUUAUAAUUGAAACAACACAUUGCAAAUUAUGUUUUGCUUAUUAACUAGACACUGUUUCAGAUCCCACUGUUUAAGUUAUACAGAAAUUGUGUGAUGGUAUGUUUUAUGAAUUUUGAUGUUCAAGAAACAAACAAAUGAUUUGUAAAAUUUUGUGGACAAACUUCAGACUCUUGUUGCUCCAGUGUAAACCAUUCAGGUAUCUGUCAACACCGAGAAAAUAAUUGAAAUAUGUAAACUGUCAAAAACAAUUGUUUGCUAAGGUGUUUUUGAGUGGUCACACAACACUAAAGUAAAGCCUGUUGUGAAUUACUUGCUGAAGGAUUCUAAUAGAUUUCACUUGGUGGUACAGGUAUAAAAAUUGAUUUUAUAUUUUGUAAUGGCCUCCUACCCUUCCUCCUCUCUAGCUUAAGGUCAGUUUUCUAAAUAAUGCAAACCAGUCUGUUAUUGAAUAAGGAAGCCUUACACAAAGUCCAUAUUCUUUGAAAAUUACUCAGUAAUUUCUCAUCACCACUUUCUUUUAUUCAAUAUCAUGCAUUUACUACAAAGUCUCCUUUGCAAAAUUGCUUUUUUCAUGUCUCGGAAAGGAAUUUGACUCAGUCUCAUCAUACCCAAUUCAAAAUAAACCAAAGUGAAUAGGUUUUAUUUUCUGGCAAAACUUGUUUUUGUCAGUUCAAAGGGGUAUUCGUAUUAAAAGGAACUUUGUACUAUCAUUAGUAGUACAAUUUAUAUUUUAGGUGUUAAUUUGCAUUGUAUUAAGGAUGAGUUUUCUUUUAGAAGAAAUAAAGUUGGGAGUCA